UGUCUUGUGCCGUGACGCAAGCAGCGGCGGGAGUUCGAGAGGUGCCACUGCCAGCAGAGGAGAGAUGGACGAGAAGAGUACGAAGAUUAUCCUGUGGCUGAAAAAAAUAUUUGGUGAUAAGGUGCUGCCACCCUACGAAGUGAACACCCGCACGGUGGAUCUGCUCUACCAGCUGGCGGAGUGGAACGAAGCUCGAGAUAAAGACUUAACCCUCGUCUUGGAGGACCAGAAACUGAAGACUGCCGAGAUCAAAGCUGAAGCCGCAUACCUCCAGGAGCUGCUCACAGAUAGUCUGGGUCCCUCCUAUACUAACCUGUCUCGUAUGGGCAACACUUACCUGAAUCAGCUGGUUGACAGCUGCUUGGCACUAGAGAUAAAGGAUUCGUCACUGGGCAGCUAUAUUCCUGCUGUCAAUGAGCUGAGUGCUGAGCUGGUGAUGACUGAAGCCAGUAAUCAAGAGCUGGAAUCAGAACUGAGAAAUCUGAGGAAGAAAUUGACCGAUGCUCUAGUGCUGGAAAAAACCCUGGAACAGGAUCUUAAAAAAGCGGAGGACCAGUGCAGUAUGGAGAAGGCCAAAGCAGAAGUAAAAGCUCAGAAUCUGAAAAAACUGAAAGCGAAAUCCGAGGAAUAUAAAUACAUGAUGCAGACAGCUAAGGAUCAGCUGUCCUCGGCGGGGAUGGAGGACUCAUUAACCCAUCGAUCUCUUAUGUCUUUGUCUGAGACACUGAUGGAACUGAAAGAGCAAUCCACAGCUACAAAGGAAAAGCUUAAAUCUUACCUGGACCUGGCACCUAAUCCAUCCCUGGUGAAGGUCAAGAUUGAAGAAGCAAAGAGAGAGCUUCAAGCGACUGAGGCCGAGCUGAACUCGAAGGUGGACAUGAUGGAGUUUGUGUUACCGGAGCAGAACAGACGGAUAACAUGAAGCUCUUAAUAAAGAACUGUACAUACGGAUCCCAGCCCCUGCUGCAGAUUGUUUCGCGCCUAGUAGAGAAGUCGACUGCCCAUCCACAGCCUAUCACAGGCAUCACCAUUCUUCCAGAAGCCCAUUUGUCAUAUACAAGUGGUCAUCGGGGGAGUGGGGGGGGUGCAAGGGGAAUAUGCAGCAACAGGUAUGUCAAAUAAAUUUGUGCAACUAUCAGGUCAGCCGCACGCGCACAUGGGCGAAAUAUAAAAUGCGUUAUGUAUUUGUUGUGGAAUCUGUAGCAGAAAUCUAAGGCUGACCCUUGCAUUUCCGCCAUGGUUUUGCAGUCUGCAUGCGCAGUAUUUGCCCCAUUCUAUGGGCCAGAUCCAUCUGCCAAUAAAUACUCUGAAA